ACCCUUAAGUCAAACGAACCUGUGAAUUACACAAAAAGUCAUCGCAUUUUUUUUUGUAUUUGUUUUCAAAUUUUUUGCCUAUACAAUAUGACAAUUUUCAAAUCGCUUUCCAAUUUACUAUUGUCAUUCGUGAAUAUUUAUUUUCUUUUGAGUUAUUGCAAUUCUUUACCUGCAGACAAUUGUAUAACUCCUCCAUUAGAUUGUCCAAACGAAAAUGUAACUUUUUGGUUGUACACAAGAGCAAAUAAAGACGAGCCACACCAAUUAAGAUUCGCUGAUCCUACAUCUAUUGACAAGGCCCCGUGGGUCCCGAAUGCGAAGAUCAAGAUUAUUAUCCACGGCUACACGGGUCACAAAGAUUUCGCUCCAAACCCACAAAUUAGGCCAGCGUAUUUAGAAUGCUGUGACUACAACUUAAUAUCAAUAGAUUAUCACCCGGUUGUAUUGGAGCCGUGUUACCUGCAGGCGGCGACUAACACCGAGCUAGUGGGCAAAUGCGCUGCACAGCUUAUUGACGAGAUGGUCUUUAACCAUAAUAUACAGCUGUCCAAGAUACACGUUAUAGGUUUUAGUUUAGGUGCUCACGUGGCAGGAUUCAUUGGUAGUUACAUUAAAUCAGGAAAAUUGGAACGGAUUAGUGCAUUAGACCCAGCGCUACCGUUAUUUGCCACGGCUGAUGUGUCAAGAAAGAUUGACCCCAGUGAUGCGAAGUCAGUUGAUGUUCUCCAUACAAACGCUUUGAUGAAGGGGAAAUUGGAAAUAAGCGGGCACUCUGAUUUUUAUGCUAACGGUGGUAGUCGGCAGCCUGGCUGUAAAGCAGAUGAAAACCACACUGUAUCGGGAUGUGAGCAUGAAAGAGCUGCAAUAUACUUCGGUGAGUCUAUUAUCAGUAAAGUUGGGUUCUACGGAAAGAAAUGCUACUCCUGGAUAGCCUACAUGAUUGGAUGGUGCGAGCUAGUCAGUUCAGACGAAGAUGUAUUAUACGGCGAGCACAUGCCACCAAACAUAACUGGUGUAUAUUUCUUCAACACGAAUUCCGCGCCUCCUUUUGCGCGGGGUCCGAUCAAGAAUAACAGGAGCUACGAAGGCGAUGAUGAAAAGUGGAUUUAAUAAAAACUU